GGACGGCCCGGCCACGUGGACGCGCUCUCACGUGACUGCGUCCUUGCGCCUAGCGCAGGAAAGAGCGGACGUAGUUGGAGACCGGGGAAGGGGGCGGUGUGGCAAGAUGGCGGCGCACCUGUCCUACGGGCGAGUGAACCUGAACGUGCUGCGCGAGGCGGUGCGUCGCGAGCUGCGCGAGUUCCUGGACAAGUGCGCGGGAAGCAAGGCAAUAGUUUGGGAUGAGUACCUGACAGGACCAUUUGGCCUGAUUGCACAGUAUUCAUUACUGAAGGAACAUGAAGUGGAAAAAAUGUUCACACUUAAAGGAAGUCGUUUGCCGGCAGCUGAUGUCAAGAAUAUUAUUUUUUUUGUCAGACCCAGGCUAGAAUUGAUGGAUAUAAUUGCUGAAAAUGUGCUCAGUGAAGACAGACGUGGCCCAGCAAGAGAUUUCCACAUUCUGUUUGUGCCACGCCGUAGCUUAUUGUGUGAACAGCGAUUGAAGGAUCUGGGUGUUUUGGGAUCCUUUAUUCAUAGGGAGGAGUACAGCUUAGAUCUCAUUCCAUUCGAUGGGGAUCUCUUAUCCAUGGAAUCAGAGGGUGCCUUCAAAGAGUGUUACCUGGAGGGUGACCAGACAAGCCUAUACCAUGCUGCCAAGGGACUGAUGACCCUGCAAGCUCUGUACGGAACGAUCCCCCAGAUCUUUGGGAAAGGAGAAUGCGCUCGGCAAGUGGCCAAUAUGAUGAUCAGGAUGAAGAGAGAGUUUACAGGAAGCCAAAAUUCCAUAUUUCCUGUUUUUGAUAAUCUCUUGUUACUUGAUCGAAAUGUGGAUUUAUUAACGCCUCUUGCCACUCAGCUGACGUAUGAAGGACUCAUUGAUGAAAUUUAUGGCAUUCAGAACAGCUAUGUGAAGUUACCUCCAGAGAAAUUUGCACCUAAGAAACAGGGUGAUAGUGGGAAGGAUCUCCCCACGGAAGCCAAGAAGCUGCAGCUGAAUUCUGCAGAGGAACUCUACGCCGAGAUCCGAGACAAGAACUUCAAUGCUGUGGGCUCCGUGCUUAGCAAGAAAGCAAAGAUCAUCUCUGCAGCGUUUGAGGAAAGACACAACGCUAAAACAGUGGGAGAGAUCAAGCAGUUUGUUUCCCAGUUGCCACAUAUGCAGGCAGCAAGAGGCUCACUUGCAAACCAUACCUCGAUUGCAGAGUUGAUCAAAGAUAUCACUACUUCUGAAGACUUCUUUGAUAAAUUAACAGUGGAACAGGAAUUUAUGUCUGGAAUAGACACUGAUAAGGUCAACAAUUACAUUGAGGAUUGUAUUGCUCAGAAGCACCCAUUGAUCAAAGUGUUAAGACUAGUUUGCCUCCAAUCCGUGUGUAAUAGUGGACUCAAACAAAAAGUUUUGGAUUAUUACAAAAGAGAAAUUCUUCAGACAUAUGGCUAUGAGCACAUAUUGACUUUACAUAACCUAGAGAAGGCUGGCUUGCUGAAACCUCAGAUGGGGGGCAGAAACAAUUACCCAACCAUUCGGAAGACGUUACGCCUCUGGAUGGAUGAUGUUAACGAACAAAAUCCCACAGAUAUAUCCUACGUUUACAGUGGAUAUGCGCCACUCAGUGUGCGACUGGCUCAGCUGCUUUCCCGACCUGGAUGGCGGAGCAUUGAGGAAGUCCUCCGCAUCCUUCCAGGGCCUCACUUUGAAGAACGGCAGCCACUGCCCACGGGACUGCAAAAGAAACGUCAACCGGGAGAAAACCGAGUCACUCUGAUAUUUUUCCUCGGGGGUGUAACCUUUGCUGAAAUUGCUGCUUUGCGAUUCCUCUCCCAGUUGGAAGAUGGAGGUACAGAAUACGUAAUUGCCACCACUAAACUAAUUAAUGGAGCCAGUUGGAUAGAGGCACUUAUGGAAAAGCCUUUCUAGAGUGUUCAGAGGAGACUUAACAAGUAUACUGCAGAAUAAACUUCCUCUUUGAAGAAGUUGCUGAAAGGAAAUGAAACCCCAUAGAAGAAAUCUGGAAUACAAAAUGUACCUUGGGGUCAGCUUAAAUUAUACUGCCGUUUUCUCCUUC